UGGGGGGGAAGCGCUCUGACAAUCCGGCAACACUUUGCAAUGGUAUCCAUGAUCUAGGGAAUUUCAUUCCAAGAAUGUCAAGUUGACAUUGUCAACGCAAAAUCAACAAAUUUUGUCAUAACUUGCUACACUUAUGAUGUGUUGUUAAAUGACCUUGUUUUCCUAUUUUUUUUCCAUGAUGACCUCGGUUUUAAUUGUUUUAAGAUAUAAAUUCUAAUCUUGUGAUUAUUUCAUUACUGUUAAUGUUUAAAGCCUGCGAAAAUGGAAGCCCGAGUUCUUUCCGUGCAAAGCCAUGUUGUCCAUGGAUAUGUAGGAAAUAAAAGUGUGGUAUUUCCUCUACAAUUGUUGGGCUUUGAUGUUGAUGCAAUAAAUUCAGUACAAUUAUCUAAUCACACUGGUUACAAGAAAUUUGGGGGGCAAGUAUUAACAGAUAAGGAUUUAUUACAACUUAUUAAUCCCCUUAUUGAAAAUGGGCUCGAUUCAUUAUACUCUCACAUUCUAAGUGGCUAUAUCGGUUCUGCCUCAUUCCUAUAUGAAGUGACUAAACUAGUCAAACAUUUAAAAACCAAAAAUCCAGACAUAGUUUAUGUGUGUGACCCUGUAAUGGGUGACAAUGGCAAAAUGUAUGUUCCUCCUGAGUUAGUGACAAUAUAUAAAGAAUUUGUUGUGCCAUUGGCUACAAUAAUCACCCCUAACUUAUUUGAAGCCGAAUUGCUUUCAGAGAUAAAAAUAAACGAGGAGAAAGAUGUCUGGGAAGCGGUUGAUAUUUUACAUUCCAAAGGAUGCCCAAUCGUAGUUAUUUCUUCUGCUGAAUUGGGUGACCGUGAUCAUUUACAAAUCUUUGCUAGUCAAAAAGGUGAUUAUCCUGUAACAAAUUUAUUAGUUUUGUUUACCCAACCUCAUCUAUUUCAUACCUUUGCUGCUUUUAGUUUCAUUUCUCACCACCAUUCCCUCACUUGUCUAGAACCAGUUCAAUCUGAAACAAUUGAAAUUUUAGGUGAUAGUCCAAAAAGGGUGCAAAUGCAAAUUCCAAAAGUCCCUGCUCAUUUUACAGGCACCGGGGAUUUGUUUGCAGGCCUGUUUUUGGCCUGGAUGCAUAAAACCCAGGAUAUGAAAGAGUCAAUCGAAAAAACAAUAGCUUCUUUACAGGCUGUUUUAAAGAGAACAUUUGAGCAUGGUAAAGAAAUAAACGUUAAAAAUCUAGAAUUAAGGCUUAUACAAAGUAAAAAAGAUAUUGAGGAGCCUCAAGUUGUUUAUGAAGCUGUCCCAGUAGCUUAA